CGUGAGGCGGGGCGUACCGGCGGCCCCUGAGGUGGCGGGGACGGCGUGGCGCGCCAUGGGUCGGGCAGUGAAGGUUUUACAGCUCUUUAAAACACUGCACAGAACCCGACAGCAAGUUUUUAAAAAUGAUUCCAAAGCAUUGGAAGCAGCCCGAAUAAAGAUCAAUGAAGAAUUCAAAAGUAACAAGACUGAGACUUCUCCUAAGAAAAUAGAAGAGCUGAUGAAAAUUGGUUCUGACGUUGAACUGCUCCUCCGAACAUCUGUCAUACAAGGAAUUCACACAGACCAGAACACGCUGAAAUUGGUCCCCAGGAAAGAUCUUCUUGUCGAAAAUGUGCCAUAUUGUGAUGAACCAACUCAGAAGCAAUGAAUUUUCCAGAAUAAAACAAGUCUUCACACCAUUACUUUUAAUAUGAAUCAUUCUACCCAAAGUUCUGGAAUUCAGAUACUUUUCUCUAAACUGGCAGAUGGGAAAAUGAGUGAAUGAAAGAAGAGCUUCAUAUUUAAAUUCACAUUAAAACGACAUUGCAACUGCAGAGUA